UCCACCUAGCCUCCCCGCUCGGUCUGGUCACCCACCCGGCGUGGAUAAUAUGACUUCCUGGCCAUUCACAUAUGGCAGCGUCCCUCUGUGUCUCCUGCUCAUAGUGGCUCUCUGCGCUGGAACCUCCCAUCCGGGCGACAACGUGUGUUCGUCUGCCGUUAUUACGUCUUGCCAAGAGUGUCUGAAACGUGGACCACAGUGUUUUUGGUGCUUCAAGAAGGAUUUUCUGGAGGGGGCGGGUUCUGGCCAUCGCUGCGAUUUACAGGUGAACCUGCUCAGAAAAGGUUGCGGUCCAGAGUUCACGGAGAAAUCAGACGUCAAAGUGGAAGUCAACGCCACCGUCAGCAGCACACAAGUGUCCCCGCGAGACAUCAGCCUCACGCUCGCACCAGGUUCAGAGGCUACCUUCGUUGUUGCCGUCAAGCAGCUGGCGCGGUAUCCAGUGGAUCUUUACUACCUGGUGGAUGUAUCCGCUUCCAUGCAAGAAAAUCUCGAUCAUCUCAAGACGGUGGGUGUAGCUCUCUCUCUGCGUAUGACGGAGUACUCCUCAGACCUUUGGCUCGGUUUCGGCUCCUUUGUGGACAAGCCGGUGUCGCCUUACAUCAACGUGCAUCCUACCAAGAUCAACAACCCCUGCAGCGACUACGAGAUACGCUGCCGUCCCGCCCACGGCUUCCACCACGUCUUAAGCAUGACUGGAAAUAUGAGCGAGUUCACGCGCGUCAUCAAACGCCAACGCAUCUCAGGUAACAUGGAUACACCUGAGGGAGGCCUGGACGCAAUGCUGCAAGCUACUGUGUGCCAGAGAGCUGUGGGUUGGCGUCCAGAAGCCAAACGUCUCUUGCUCCUGAUGACCGACCAGCCUUCUCACCUCGCCCUGGACAGCCGACUGGCGGGAAUUGUCACUCCGCACGACGGUCUGUGCCACCUGGAAAACAACGUUUACACUGAGAGCACCAGGAUGGACCAUCCAAGUCUGGGUCAGUUGUCUGACAAACUACUGGAAAACCACAUUUACUCCAUCUUUGCCGUGGAGAAACAGCAGUACCAGUGGUACGAGGAGUUAGUGCGCUUGCUACCUGGUUCCUACCUGGGGAAGAUAGGCUUCUUCCAGUCCCCAAACCUCAUCGAUCUAGUAGUGGACUCGUAUAAGAGCUUGCUGACAGAAGUGACGUUGUCAGUGUCAUUGGAUGACAAGGCAUUCAGCAGGUACUGGACGUCCGUGUCCCCCAUCUGUCCUGAAGGGACAACUGCUAAAGAGAGGAGCUGCUUGGGGGUGCAACCUAAUCAAACGGUCUACUUCAACAUCACGAUUGGCCUACACUCUUGCCCUGACCACGGAGCAGAUGAAGACAUUGAAGUGAUGGUUCGCCCCGUGGGCUACAAUGAAUCCACAACUGUUAGGAUCCACUCAAAAUGUCAGUGCAGUUGUGGGUCAAAAGGACACUGCCACGAGAGCGGCGACUCGCCAUGUGCGGCGGGGACUACACACGGCACUGGUCAAGAGCAGAGACCGCAACCGGCACUUAUCAAUGAAUCAAAGCGGAAUUGCCGAGCGGAAGGGUCUAAUGUGGACUGUAGCGGUCGUGGAGUGUGUGAAUGUGGGAAGUGUGUGUGUGAGCGCAGCAGACUUGGCACAAUCUAUGGGAAAUACUGCGAGAGCGAUGACUUUUCCUGUUCCUAUAACAACGGACUGCUGUGUGGGGGACAGGGUGUGUGUGUGUUGGGUGAAUGUGUGUGUGAGGAUAACUGGACAGGUGAUAGCUGCAGUUGUCCCGUCUCCACAACAACCUGCCAAUCUCCUGAUGGCUCAUUGUGUAGUGGACGAGGCACGUGCGUGUGCGGCCAGUGUGUGUGUGACAAUCACAAAUACGCCGGGGAUCUCUGCGAGAGAUGCCCUGCUUGUCAAAGCUCCUGCCAAUCACACUGGAAGUGUGUGGACUGUCACAUAUCUCAUGGCUUCAAACACAAUGAAUGCAACCGCACGUGCGACUCAGACGUCGUUUCCGUCGGUGAUAUGAUGUCAGCAGGGGGCAAGUGGAUUCAAUGUAUGUACAUCGGUAGUGACAAGUGUCGCUAUUGGUUUCAAACAAAUUCAGAGUCUGGAUGGAACCAGCUUCACGUUAGCACAAGAGCAGAGUGUGCCAGCAGCGGCCGGCUGGUUGGGACCUUCCUAAGUGUGUGUGCCCUAACGGUUCUAUGCGGGCUGGUGGUGGUGGCAGUGUCCAGGCUGCUUCUGCAGAAAAGAGGCUGGCCCCCAGGGGAUGCCACUAAGGCUGGAGAAUAUAACUGCACUGGCAAGGAACUAUCCUACAUUCCAACAAGCAACGAGAAGACGGUAACUUAUAGAAGAGACCGACCUUCUGACCAUUCGGUGGAGAUGACCGUCCACGUCAAGAUGCCCCUUGGGGAACCCUGGCAGUGACGGGAGGGGACACAUUCCAUUGAGGAGAGUUGGACUCUGUUCUACUUUGCUGAUGGUAGUAAGCAAUUGAAAACCUCCACUAAAUGAUGAUUUUACUUUAAGACUCUGGGACUGAGAUGGCCAGUACAGUAUUGUGGCUAUGGGCCUGACAAGAGCACAAGUCCUCGAAACUGCCCGUAUAGUAGCACUGAGUCUCUACAAAGGUGAUUGAUGUGUGUUUGCGUGUGGCCAGUGUGGUGUUAAGGCUCUUCAAGUCUAGUCAUAAUUUUGCGCUUCAAAUAUUCUGGCUCAGGCAUAGACUGCCCUCUUGUGGCAAACCCGGGGUACGACUUUUUAUUCCACCAUUAACGCUGUCUGCACACAGUCUUUUUGCGUUCCAUGACAUUUGGGUGAAUUUACGACGUGCACUUGUGACUAUUAUUUUCUAUUUAAUAUUAGUAUUGUGUUCUCCAGUGAUUCACAUUGCAUUUUAAGCGGUUUCACUAUUUGUGUGAACUGAUCCUCUACAUUGCAUUUUUUUUUUUCCAGAGGUGUUUCAUGUGAUUUUAAGUUGUCAAUCUGACUUGCACUUGUUUUGCAUUAUACUACUGAGGUGUCCUUUCAUUACAGGGCAUGAGAGCUUUUCAGUGGGAUCAAAAUAACAUUUCUGUGCUAAAAUGGGCAUUAAGGGUUCGGUAACAAAUCCACUGGAAUAAGACUCAAACGCUAACAUUUACCUGGAACUACAUAAGCAUGAACAUGUGACCUCAAAUGAGAAGUGUAAGUUGGCCAUCUGCCACAAGCAAUUGAACUAGACUGAUGACUUGAUUCCUUGGUACUAGGAAAGGGCUCAAAAGGUACUGCGAUCCAAAGUGAAAGAGCGUUGUUCUACUCCUAGUCUCGUGCACUAGAUGACUUCCCAGUCCUUUCCCCUUUUGUGAUUUUAAUUUGUGGUGAUAAUGUUUACAGCAAUAGCUGCUUGAUCUUUUUUUUUCCAGCUAAGAGAUGAACACUACUAUUUAUUGUAAUGUAUUUUCUUAUUAAUUGACAUGUAAAUGGUAUUAUUCUACAAUGAGUCUACUUGAGUUGCAAAGUUGGUUUCUGUACAAAAAAAAAUCAGCAAUAAGUGAAUCAUCUCAUUAAAGUAACAGCAGCA